AUGUUUAGCUUUGACAACAAGGUCACGGUCGAGCUUGGCGAAGCAGAAAAUCAAGUGGUGCACCAUGUUUCAGUCGGAUCUAAUGAUGCACCGAUGUUUUUACCGAACAGGCUAAAUGCGAACAUCGGCGAUCAAGUCAAGUUCAGAUUCCACAACGUGAAUCAUACCUUGACCCAGUCGAGCCUCGCGGAGCCAUGUUCUUCCAUUGGAGAAUUUGAUACUGGAUUCAACCAAUUCAAUCCUGAGGACAAGAACAACCUUGUCAUAACUCUGACAGUCAACUCUCUCAAUCCUCAAUGGUUCUUUUGCAAACAGAGCCAGCCAUCACCUCACUGUCAUGCUGGCAUGGUCUUUGCGCUCAACCCAGGUGACAGAAUGGAUGCUUUCCUCCAAAAUGCGCGGAGGAGCACCAGUGACCCAAUUUCCAGCCCAGUGUCUAGUCUAGUUCCAGGGCGUGUUGCAGGAUCCUCGAGCCCAUUCCUUGCUGCUUCUAGUUCUCUCAAUCCUUCUUCUGGGGCUUUCUUCCCUACUUCUACUACUGCUUCUACAUCUGUUACUGCGUCUGCUUCUACAACUGCUUCUACUACUGCUUCUACUACUGCUUCUACUACUGCUUCUACUACUGCUUCUACUACUGCUUCUACUACUGCUUCUACUACUGCUUCUACUACUGCUUCUACUACUGCUUCUACUACUGCUUCUACUACUGCUUCUACUACUGCUUCUACUACUGCUUCUACUGCUGCUUCUACUACUGCUUCUACUACUGCUUCUGCUACUGUCUCGACUUCUUCUGCUGCUUCUGUUUCUUCUUCGGUUCCCCACCCUCGUUCUGAGGAUAUCUUUGCCUCGAGUUCUACUCACCUUCCUCUAAUUGUCAGUCCAGUGAGGGUGAUAACUGUAACUGAAACGGUCAGUUGCACUGGGACGGCCGACCCAUCGUCUAUUAGGCGUUCGAUCUCAACGUCCGAUUCCACUUCAGAAGGAAAUUGGUCAAUAACGGCUCCCCUUGGUGCAAGCUUAUUCACUGUCUUUGCUAUGAUGGUGUUAUUGUAG